AUGUCUGGACGCGGCAAGCAGGGCGGCAAGGCUCGCGCCAAGGCCAAGACCCGCUCGUCCCGCGCCGGCCUGCAGUUCCCCGUGGGCCGCGUGCACCGGCUCCUCCGCAAGGGCAACUACUCGGAGCGGGUGGGCGCCGGCGCCCCGGUCUACCUGGCGGCCGUGCUGGAGUACCUGACGGCCGAGAUCCUGGAGCUGGCUGGCAACGCGGCCCGCGACAACAAGAAGACGCGCAUCAUCCCGCGCCACCUGCAGCUGGCCAUCCGCAACGACGAGGAGCUCAACAAGCUGCUGGGCCGCGUGACCAUCGCGCAGGGUGGCGUCCUGCCCAACAUCCAGGCGGUGCUGCUGCCCAAGAAGACCGAGAGCCACCACAAGGCCAAAUGAGCAGCUUUAGAUAACCCUCUCCCCCAAAGGCUCUUUUCAGAGCCACACACACAGUCCGGAAAGAAGCUGGUGCAUGCAAACCUAAAAGCUGACUUGAAAAUGGCGGACAGCCUUUUGGUUGA